UUUCCCCCUCAGGCGAAUAGGGCCGUGAAGGGGAAGAGGGCGCCGCCGUCGCCGUGGUGCUGCUGCUGCUGCUGAAGCGGCGGCAGCCGGAGCAAGGCCUGCUCCCCGCUUUCCUCCCCGUGUGGCGCGGCUCUUAGGCCCGGGAGGACGGACUCCCCCCUCGCCCUCUCCCCCCCUCUCCGCCCUGUGCGGCGGCGGCGGUGGCGGCGGCGGGGAGGAGGAGCAGGUCGGGGGCGGAGGAAGCAGUAGUACAAAAUGUCAAAAAUUAGAAGGAAGGUCACAGUGGAAAAUACCAAGACCAUAUCUGAUAGCACAUCCAGAAGACCCAGUGUAUUUGAAAGACUUGGACCCAGCACUGGAAGUACUGCAGAGACACAGUGCCGUAACUGGCUGAAGACUGGCAACUGCCUCUAUGGGAACACAUGUAGAUUCGUACAUGGCCCUUCACCACGAGGUAAAGGCUUUAGCAGCAGUUACAGAAGGUCACCCGAAAGGCCUACAGGGGAUCUUCGGGAAAGAAUGAAGAAUAAGCGUCAAGAAAUUGAAGCUGAACCACAGAAGCAUAAUACAGAAGAGCAAUCUUCUCCUGUCAGGAAAGAGUCCUCCAGGGGGAGGCACAGGGGGAAGGAAGAUAUUAAAAUUACCAAGGAGAGAACUCCAGAAAGUGAAGAAGAAAAUCCCGACUGGGAAACAAACAGAGACGAUUCUGAUAACGGAGACGUUAACUACGAUUAUGACCACGAGCUUUCUUUGGAAAUGAAGCGUCAGAAGAUCCAGAGAGAGUUAAUGAAGCUUGAAGAAGAAAACAUGGAGAAAAGGGAGGAGAUAGUGAUUAAAAAGGAGAUUUCUCCAGAGGCUGUUGGGUCAAAAUUAUCCUCACCUUCACCCAGAAAAUCUAGCAAAUCUCCAAAACUGCGAUCAAGCCCCAAAUCUUCCUCCUCAACCGCUAAGAGGGAGAAAAAGACUUCUGCAGUUUCUUCACCCCUCUUGGACCAACAGAGGAGUUCGAAAACUAACCACAGUAAAAAGAAAGGUCCUCGUACGCCUAGUCCUCCACCGCCAAUACAAGAAGACACGGCACAAGGAAAGAAACAUAAGGAGAAACACAAAGCGAAAGAGCGGUUAGAAGAGAACCCAAGGGAGGUGAAAGAGAGAGGCCGUGACUUUGAAAGACACAAUAAAGAGAAAAAAGAGAAACAAAGAGAUCCCUCAGAAAGUUCUCAUAGACAGAGACGUUCGCCUAGUCCAGAAGAACAGUCUGGUAGUAAUUCUUCUCCUUCAAGAGAAUAUUCUCCUACUACAAGGAGAAGGCAAACAUCUUGGGCUCCAGCUAAAUCCAGCAGCCAUAAACAUUCCAUUUCGCCAUCUUGCAGGUCUGCCUCACCACCAACUCAGCACCAUUCUCCCGUGUCCUCAAGACAUCACUCUUCCUCAUCUCAGUCAGGUUCUUCCAUUCAGAGACGUUCUCCUUCGCCACGUCACAAAAGAACUCCUUCUCCCUCUUACAAAAGGACCGCUUCCCCACCUGUAGGCCGUUCCUCGUCUCCUUAUCCUCACCGAACCUCACCUUCUCAGCAAAAGCAGACACCUUCAAGGCAUCGUUCACCAGUGCGGGAGAGAAGCCGGCAUGAUCGUGAACGGAUUUCACAGUCGCAUGAUCGUGAACGGAUUUCACAGUCACAUGAUCGACGCCACGAAAGGAGGGAUGAGACGAGAGGAAAAAGGGGAAGAGAGAGAGACACUCGAGAGGAACGUGACUAUGACCAAGAACAGAGCGCUCCCAGGGAUCACAGAGACGAUCGAGAAUCGAGGGACGGGCGGGACCGGAGGGAAACCAGGGAUAACAGAGACCGUAGGGAUUUAAGAGAAUCUCGAGACACUCGAGACUCACGGGACACGAGGGGCUGUAGCAGAGACAAUAAAGAAGGUCGCGAUCAGAGAGACCUGCGUUCUGCACGGGACACCCAUGACUACAGAGACCGCGAGUGCCGAGACUCCCACAAAAAGGAAGAGCAGUAUUUGGAUGAAUCACGUAGCUAUGGAAGAAGCCAUGGCAGAGAAGAGAGCUCUCGUUCCGAAACGAGGACAGACUCGAGAAGUGAGAGUAGAAAUGAAUCUAGAACCUCUGGAAGAAGUAGAGGAAGAGGACCUGAAUUAUCGGACAAAGGUAGUCGAGGAGCAAGGGGAUCUCAGGUCGACAGCCACAACACCAGCAGCAGCUACCACGACAGCUGGGAAUCUCGGAGCAGUUAUCCCGACAGGGAUCGCUACGAAAACCGUGAGCACACGAGGGACUCUUCCUUUGAAAGAAGGCAUGGGGAAAGGGACAAGCGCGACAACAGAGAGAGAGAUCCAAGACCAAGCUCGCCAGUACGACACCAGGGAAGGAACGAUGACGUCGAACGUGAUGAAAGAUUAGAAGAGCGAAGGGGAGAUAGGGGUGAAGACCGAAGAGAUGAAAGACAGAGGGAGAGGGAGAGAGAGCGCGAACGCGAGCGAGAAAGGGAGCGCGAGAGAGAAGCUGAGCGUGAACGUGCCCGUGAGCGAGAACGCGAGAGAGAAAGGGAUAAUAAAGACAGGGAACGGGACAGGGAUCACGACAGAGAAAGAGAGCGGGAGAGGGAAAGAGAGAGGGAGCGAGAACGGGAGCGGGAAAGGGAAAGGGAACGAGAGCGUGAACGAGAGAGAGGGCGUGAAAGAGAGAAGGAAAGGGAGCGCCAGAGAGAGUGGGAGGACAAGGAGAGAGGAAGAGAAGAACGCAGAGACAAGCGAGAAGACAUCCGGGAAGAAAGGGCCACACGAGAUAGUCGCGAAGAGAGGAAGUCAAAAAAACGUCACAGAAAUGAAAGUAGCCCCAGCCCUCGUAAAUCACCUAAGCGCCGCCGUGAGCAUUCACCUGACAGCGAUGCCUAUAACAGUGGAGAAGACCAGAACGAAAAACGCAGAUUACUGAGUCAGGUUGUACGACCUCAGGAAUCGCGCUCACUUAGUCCUACACACCUUUCAGAAGACAAGCAGAGCCGGUGGAAAGACAGCGACCGAAAGCCGGAGAGAAAGGACAGCUCCAGACACUAUGAGGAAAGUGAUUUCAAGGAGCGGAGUUCUUCUUCUGGGGACAAGCAGCGAGAGCAGCGGGAGACCAACGAAAGUUCAAGGAGCCGGGUGCAAGAAAUCAUAAGCAACCGGGCUUCUGAAGAACGAGAGGCUGCUGACCAUGCGCAUGAAGAUAAGAAAAAAGUUAAAAUACAGAAAAAGGCCACAAAGAAGAAGAAAGAAGAUGACGUCGCACUGGAGCGCUUUGUUAGCGAGCCGGCUCCAGAGAAAGCCCAGGUCUUUUCUCCCAAGAAAGCGCAGAAAAAGAAGAGCACUGAAAAGAAGCGCAAAAGAUCGAAAGGAGAUUCGGAGGCUUCUGAUGAGGACAGCGGCCCACACCAGAAAAAGAAAAAAGGCCCAAGGACACCACCAGUAACCACCAGAGAGGAGCUGGUGGAAGCAGUGCCUGAGAAAUCUGUGGUUGUAGAAGCCGCGCCCAAGAGAGAGGACACAACGUUUAGCGACUGGUCGGAUGAGGACGUUCCAGAGCGUGGGGAAAGUAUUCUGGAGAGGAGUUCGGAGGAGCCCCACAGAACUAGCCAUCGCGCAAGGACUGAAGCUGUGGAGCCCCCUCACGUGGUUGAGGAGCCCCCUCACCAUAAACCUACUGAGGAGAAGAGAAGCAGCAGUCUUUGUAGCAAUCGGAGCCGUACCUCCAGUCGACUUCGCUCACCCUCCAAUGAUUCUGCGCAUCGUAGCGGAGAUGACCAGGCCGGCCUUAAGAAGAUCCUACAUAGCAGCGCUAGCGACAGAGAGAGAGAAAGGAGGUGUCUGGAAAUUGCCGGAGAGCGGAAGUCGAGAAUUGAUCAACUAAAACGAGGGGUUCCCAGCCGCAGCACCUCUUCAGAUCGACAGGAUUCAAGGAGCCACAGUUCCAGGCGAAGUUCUCCUGAAUCGGAUCGCCAAGGUCAUUCCAGAUCUGGGUCCUUUGACAGCAGGGAAAGGGUGCAGGAGAGAGACAGGCAUGAGCACGAUCGUGAACGGGAACGACGAGAGGCGAGGCAGAGAGAUUGGGACCGAGAUACAGCCAAAGACUGGUUAAGGAACAGAGAGCGGGACAGAAUUCGCGAACGAGAGAGACAGCGAGAAAAGCGAAGGGAUACAGAUCGUGAAAAGGAGAGGCUACUCCUGGAGAAUCCUGAGAGAGAUCGAGGUGCCAAUAUUUCCUCUCAAGCAGAGCUAUCCAAGCACAGUGAAACAAAACCGGGCAAGGAGCAUCCAGAAUUUGAGGUGAUCUAUUUGGACUCUACCUCCCUCGAGAAGGAAAGGCUAGAUAAAGACUUGGGACCUUUGCAAGGAUUCGAAGAUGGGGUUGAAGCUGAGAAAGUGGAACAUUUAGAAGGUGGGGAUGAUGAAGUCAAAAUAGAUGAUAUGCAGUCAAUGGGAUCCGGUGCUGGAGAAUAUGAGCCAAUUAGUGAUGAUGAACUGGAUGAAAUUUUGGCUGGUGAUGCUGAAAAGAGGGAGGAUCAACAGGACGAGGAGAAGAUGCCAGAUCCUGUGGAUGUAAUAGAUGUAGACUGGUCUAGUCUAAUGCCAAAGCAGCCCAAAGAGCCGCGAGAGCCCGGAGCUGCUCUUCUGAAAUUUACUCCCGGCGCUGUUAUGUUGAGAGUCGGCAUUUCCAAACAACUCGCUGGCCCUUCACUCUUCACCAAAAUUAAAGAAACAUGCCAGAGAACAAUAGAGAAGCCUAAAGAUGCCGAGAACUUAUUUGAGCAUGAAUUUGGGGCCCUGAACAUGGCUGCCCUGCUGCGAAAGGAAGAGCGAUCUGGCCUGCUGUGUAAUCUUGGUCCCUGUUGCAAGGCCCUGUGCUUUAGGAGAGACUCCGCAAUCCGCAAGCAGCUAGUCAAAAACGAAAAGGGCACAACCAAACAAACCUACACAAAUCCUCCAGUAGUAGACAACGAGUUACUUCGGUUGAGUCUACGGUUGUUUAAACGCAAGACUGUUCGCCAAGUUUCUGGACAAGAAAAGACAGAGGACACUAAGCUUCCACAACCGUAUAUCCCAGAAAUCUGCAUGUCCUGAGCUGGUCAGUGUCUCUGGCCUUUUCACUGUUUGAUAAUAGUUGAUGUUUCCAUCUUUAUUCCUGUGAAGAUGUAUGUUUGUGCUAGAAGAGGAAAACACCUUCCAUACGUACAGUGUGCAUUACGAGAUGGGAUAACAAAGAAGGUUGUUUGUACAACAGUUCAAAGACCUUUCUGUUUGGUUCACUGCAUGUUUUUAGUACAUCUAACAACAGAUCUUAUUUAAGAACUCACUUGUAUUUAAGUGUGUGAAGAUGUCCAUUUUUGGAGACUUGUUUUGUCACCUGCUAUUAAAUUUUUAAGAAAAAAACAUGAGAUUUUUAAAAAAGGCUUGUGUAUAAAGUUUCUUCUGCAAAAUUUUCUUAUCAAUGAGAUUUUUUACAUUUAGUGCAAAGCUGUGCCACGUUUAGUCUGUAGCAUUCAUGUCAAAAAUACAACCACAUAAAGUCUUGUUUUCUCAAUGUGU